AUGACGCGCCUCCUCGCCCCUCUCCGCUCCACCCUCCGCCUCCACCGCGCACCCCUCGCUACCCCCCUCAUCCACCGAACACUCCACCUCUCCCCCCGUCUCCUCCUCCGUCAAUCCACCGCGCCCGCUUCUGCACCCCCCGCCGUCGGCACUGCUGCGCCUGGGAGUGUGGAUGGGUUCACGGGAGAGGUGGUUAGGGGCGCGGAUAUCGAUCCCUCACAGCUCGUGAUCGAGAAGACCAAGUCGCCCAAGACGAUUCCUCCGGCCUCGCAACUCGUCUUUGGCCGUACCUUCACCGACCACAUGCUCUGCAUCCCCUGGAACUCUCAAAAAGGCUGGGGAAAGCCCAAGAUCCAGCCUUACGGGCCUCUGAAUCUCGACCCGUCGUCGACGGUCUUGCAUUACGCCCCGACGCUGUUUGAGGGACUCAAGGCGUACAAGGGGAAGGAUGGCGUGCCGAGGUUGUUUAGGCCGGACAAGAACAUGGAGCGUAUGAACCGCUCUGCGGCGCGUCUCGCUUUUCCCACUUUCACCGGCGAACACCUCACGACGCUCAUCAAGAAGCUUGUCGAGAUCGAUGCCGACUGGGUCCCUACCGAGCCUGGAACGUCGCUCUACAUCCGCCCGACGAUGAUUGGUACUCAGGCGGGACUUGGGGUUGGCGCUUCUACCGACGUUCUCCUCUUUGUCAUCUGCUCCCCCGUCGGCCCCUACUACUCGACCGGCUUCAAGCCCGUCAAGCUCUACGCCACGACAAAGGACGUACGCGCAUGGCCAGGCGGAACGGGAGGCUACAAGCUCGGUUCGAACUAUGCCGCCGGCGUUGUACCGCAGCAACAGGCUGCCGCGUUGGGAUAUCAGCAGAUCCUGUGGCUGUUUGGCCCCGAACACCGCCUGACUGAAGUCGGCACCAUGAAUCUGUUUGCCUCCUUUUCCUCCUCUUCCGGCAUUGAGAUCGUCACACCCCCUCUCGAGGACAUGAUUCUCCCCGGCGUCACGCGCGACUCGAUCCUCUCUCUCCUUCGCGACCACGCCUCGGGCAAGAAGAAGCUCGAGGGAUUGCCGGAGAACCUCACCGUCUCGGAGCGCAACAUGACCAUGGGCGAUAUCGUCAAGGCUGAGAAGGAGGGAACGCUCCUCGAGAUGUUUGGUUCCGGCACGGCCGCCAUCGUCUCGCCCAUCGACGGCAUUGGCUACGAAGACCGCGUCGUCAACGUCCCCGUCGGCUCGGACGGCCUCGGCGACAUCGCCCGCGUCUUGCUUCGCGAGAUCGUCGGCCGCCAAACGGGCGAGAUCCCCUCCGAAUGGUCCGUCACCGUCGACUCCUAG